CUCAACUUCAUCAGCCGGUGACCCUCUUUGCUAUCGUCCGGAUUUCAGAUCAAAAGCUGGAGUCCCCGCAUUGCACAUCUUGCCAUCUUACCAACCCGGCGAUCCCCCACUCAAUCACCCCUCGACGCCAUCUCUUCUUACACAAGGCCAGCCGCCACACCCCUCGUCUACAUUAGCUGCGAGCCGGCUCCACAAACUCCACUCUCUAUAGUAGCUGUUCCAUCAAUCUUACCUCAAGAUAUCUAGACCCGUGUCCACACUCGCCACCAUGUCAUCCCACGGCCGAUCAGAGUCCUCUGUUGGCGGACCUGUCGGGCGAUCAGUAGGACGCACUGUAGAGACUAUUGCGCAGGAGCGAGAGAACUGCCCCUUCGACGUGCGAAAGCUCUCAAUCAUUCAGCAUGGCAGCGAGAAGGACCUACUCCUCAAGGAGAAGUUCAUGCUUGAGCUCGCCCGAGACCCCAUCUUCUACCUCGGCGACAUUCACGACCUGACAAAGGACCAGCUGCGUGAGCGCACCUUCGAGAAGAUUGGCUCCCUUGUGUACCACGUCACCAACGAGAGCAUCGAGACGUUCCAAAAGCGCAUGGAGAUCAUCGGUCUCUGCGACCCUGGCUUCUGGACUCGCUUUGGUGUUCAUUACGGUCUCUUCCUAGGCGCUAUCCGCUCAGGUGCUACUCCGAACCAGAUGUCCUACUGGAUGGAGAAGGGCGUCAUCAGCUGCCAGGGCAUGUUCGGCUGCUUCGGUAUGACAGAGCUCGCCCACGGCUCCAACGUGGCUGGUCUCGAGACCACGGCCACCUUCGACGAGCAGUCCGACGAGUUCAUCAUCCACACUCCGCACAUCGGCGCCACCAAGUGGUGGAUCGGUGGUGCAGCUCAGACGGCCACACACUGUGCCGUCUUUGCGCAGCUGAUGAUCAAGGGCAAGAAGCACGGAACGAAGACGUUCAUCGUGCCCCUGCGAGACGUCAAGACCCUCGCUCUCCUCCCCGGAAUCAACAUCGGAGAUAUUGGAAAGAAGAUGGGACGAGACGGCAUCGACAACGGUUACAUUCAAUUCACAAAUGUCCGCGUGCCCCGCGCAUACAUGCUCAUGAAGCACUCUCAGGUCUCGCGCGAGGGCCAGGUCACCGAGCCACCCCUCCAGCAGCUGACUUACGGCGCGCUCCUCUCCGGCCGAACGGCAAUGGUAGCUGACGCAGCCAACACGGCCAAGAAGGCUCUGACCGUCUCGGUCCGCUAUGCUGCUGUGCGACGUCAAUUCAAGUCGUCCCCUGGCGCAGAGAUGGAGACGCAGAUUAUCGACUACCCAAUCCACCAACGACGUCUCAUGCCCCUCGUCGCUCAGGCGACCGCCUUUGGCUUCACUGCGUUGGAGAUGCAGCGUCUCUUCGAGGAGACUAGCUCUGCGCUCGAGUCUCUGGAGCCGGGAGACCCGAACUUGAACGAGGUCAUCGACAAGCUCAAGACCACUCACGCCACCUCUGCGGGACUCAAGGCCUUCUGUACCUGGGCGUGCUUGCAAACCAUCGAUACCUCUCGCCAGGCAUGCGGCGGGCACGGCUACUCGAGCUACAACGGCUUCGCGUCGAUGUACAGCGACUUUGCAGUCCACUGCACCUGGGAGGGUGACAACACCAUUCUCGCGCUCCAAUCGGGUCGUUUCCUCAUCCAGGCUUACCAGGAGGUGCUCAAGGGCACCACGCAGGCGGGUGGCACGGCCUACCUCAACAAUAUUGAGACGGUACUGAAGCAGAAGUGCAAGGGCAAGGAGCACCUCAUCUCCCUGCAGGGCAUUGACGAGGGUUGGGCGACGGUGGCUGCCCACGCAAUCAAGAAGGCGGCGAAUGACUACGAGGGAUGCCUCAAGAAGGGCCAGUCCCGCGAGCAGGCCUUCGAGGUGUGCUCACAGGUACGCUUCGUCGCUGCUGCGGUGCACACUUCCGGGUUCGUCUUCCGUCAGUUCCGUGCUGCAGUGGAGCGAGUCGAGGCUGGUCCGGAGAGGGACACGCUCGAGCUCCUCUGCAAAUUCUACGGUCUUUGGCAGAUGGAGGAGAAGGCUGGCUUCUUCCUCCGCUCUGGAUGGCUCGACGGCGAGCUCAUGGACUAUGUCCAGGAGAAGGUCAGCGAGUACUGCGCUGCCACGCGCAAGUUCGCCGUGCCUCUCGUCGACUCCUUCUGCAUCAGUGACCACAUCCUCAACUCGCCCAUUGGCUGCGCAGACGGCGACAUCUACAACCGCUACUUCCGCAUGGUCAGGAGGAACAACCCUCAGCUAGCUGAGCACAAGUACGCGGACAAGAUCCUGCAGUUCAUCCACCGCAGCCCUGCCGAGAUGGAGGACGUCGGUGAGGGGAUUGAUCUGGAUGCCGAGCUGGAGGAGAUGGCUGAGGAGAGAGCCGAGGCUGAGAAGGAGGCCAAGGAGGCAAAAGAGGAGGAAGAGAAGGCGAAGAAGUAAUGGACGUGAGCCAGCUUCAUCUGGAUACCAUGAUCGAGACCUUGCCCCACGCCCACCUCUCCACGUCUCCUCUUCCUUUUACCUGCAUAGACCCAAAUCAAUAGCUUCAGUGCACUGUCUCGUGCUUCAACCGAUAAUGUCAAAGGAUCUCGUGACAGUUUGUUUGCC